AUGAGCUCCUGCAAGCAGCCCUGCACCUCUGGCAGCUACUCACCCUGUGACACAAGCUGCCCACAGCCCAUCACCAAAUCCUGGAGCCAGCCCUGCGUCGCAUCCUGCGGGGACUCCCGUGCCGUGGUCUACCCACCACCCGUGGUCAUCACCUUCCCAGGCCCCAUCCUCAGCACCUGCCCUCAGGAGAGCAUCGUUGGCAGCUCAGCCCCACUGGGGAUUGGCAGCUCCUUGGGCUAUGGGGGCUCCUCGGGCUAUGGGGGCUCCGUUGGGUCCGGGGCCUCCCAGGGUGGCAGGUACUCCUACUCCUGCUAUUCCCGCAGCUGCAAGAUAUAUCAGCCCCUCAAGCCUUCUGUGGUUACUGGCCAGACCAAGAAGGACCACGAGCAAAUUCGCAAGCAGUAA